UCGAGACACCGGAAGCAAACGUCGGUUUUGGUGACGCUGCAUUAGACUGAAGACAUGGACCGGUCCAGGUUGCUCGGGUUCUUCCUCCUCGUCAGCCUGACUCUUGCGGGGGUUCAGGCACUCACACCGGCGCAUUACCUUUCCCUGUCGGAUGUGGCCCGGCUCCAGACCCUCCUGGGCCAAGAGUUUUCCAGUCUGGAGUCUGCAUACUACUCCGUUGUUGGAUUGACCAAGCUCGGAGCAAAUGUUCCUGAUCACAAUGAUGUAUGCCAGUUCCUCAAAUCCCAGCUCGAUCCCACUAGUGUUGACUCUCUCUUCUUUGCUGCUGAGACCAGUCAGGCCAUUUCAGGAUGUGAGAUUCCCGUGUCCAACGAAACCCGCGACAUCCUCCUGGCAGCGGUUAGUGAAGAUUCAACCAUGACUCAGAUCCAUCGGGCUGUGAGUGCGCUUAGUUCUCUGGGGCUUCCUCUAACAUCGCAGGAAGUUGUAGGUGCUUUGACAGCUCGCAUCAACAAGGAGGAUAAUGUCAUGGCCAUCACCUUGGCUUUGCAGACUGCAGCCCGUCUGUCCCAACAAGCAGAACUUGGAGGAAUACUGGAGGAAAUAGAGGAUCUGACUGCUCGUUUAGAUGAUCUCGGUGGCAUCUACCUUCAGUUUGAGGAGGGACUCGAGGCCACUGCCAUGUUUGUGACCGCUGCCUAUGCUCUGUCCGAUCAUGUGGAUAUGGAGCCCCCCCUUAAAGAGGAUCAAGUCAUCCAGCUGGUGAACUCCAUCUUCAGCAAGAAGUCCUGGGACUCCCUGGCCGAGGCCUUCAGCGUGGCCAGUGCCGCCGCCGCUCUCUCCAGCAACCGCUUCCACGUUCCGGUGGUUGUGAGCGCUCAGGGUCCGGCCACAGUGUCCCACAGCCAGCCGACGCUGCAGCUCCUUGUUACUGAUGUUAUGUCUCAACCCCUGGCCUCAGCAAAGGUUCUGGUGGAGUCUGCAUACGCUGUGGCCUCCAAAAGCGUCAUUCUCAGCAAGGCACCUUUCACUCUUAAUGAUGGUGUCUUUGAACUGAACUUCAUGUCUAACCAGCCUGCCAGUGGAUAUUAUCAGUUCACCGUUGCAGUGACCGGGGACAGCCGAUUGGUUGCUAACCAUGUUGAGCUGAAAGUGAAGGUGUCGACUGAGGUGGCCGUCACCAACAUGGACCUGGCUGUAGUGGAUAAGGACCAGAGCAUUGGGACGAAGACCACCACCAGAGUGGACUAUCCUUCUAAAGCAAAGAGCUCCUUCACAGCCGACAGCCACCUGAACUUUGCGAUGUCCUUCCAGCUGGUUGACGUCAACACUGGAGUGGAGCUAACACCUCACCAGACUUUUGUCCGCUUGCACAACCAGAAAACCGGCCAGGAGGUUGUGUUUGUGGCUGAGCCCGACAGUAAGAACCUGUACAAGUUUGAGUUGGACACAGCAGAGCGAAAGUCCGAGUUCGACUCCAUCUCUGGGACCUACUCUCUUUACCUGAUCGUUGGCGACGCCACCUUGGAGAAUCCCAUCCUGUGGAAUGUGGCGGACGUUGUUCUGAAGUUUGUGGAUGAAGAGGCUCCAGCGAUGGUUCAGCCCAAGACUCUGUACGUCCCCAAACCAGAAAUCCAGCAUUUAUUCAGAGAACCAGAGAAGAAACCUCCCACUGUGGUUUCCAACACCUUCACUGCACUCAUCCUCUCUCCAUUCCUGCUCCUCCUUAUCCUGUGGUUGAAGCUAGGAGCCAACAUCUCCAACUUCAGCUUCUCUCCGAGCACCAUUCUGUUCCAUGUAGGACACGCAGCUAUGCUCGGCCUCAUGUACGUCUACUGGACCCACCUGAACAUGUUCCAGACCCUCAAAUACCUGGCCCUCGUCGGCGGCGUCACCUUCCUGGCCGGGAACCGCAUGUUGGCCCAGAAAGCAGUGAAGAGGAUUGCCGCAGAGCAAAGUAGUAGGUUGGCAAAGUAUAGGAGCCUCCGAUAAGCCCCCGUUGUUUGUAACAGUUGAGUGGUUGGUGCUUCCAGGCUGAAAAAUGAGAAAAAAUAAGGACAAGAAAUGUGAAGAAGACACUGAAGAAGAUCCAUUUUUAUUUUUAUUUUUUUGUUUCCAAGGAGUCAUCUCUACCAUACAUUAAACCAGACUGGGAAAAAAUGACACAGCGACUUCAAGAACCCAAUUGACCGUUGAAACAGUUUGUCUGCGUCGCCAAAUGGAAGAAAGCUCCAGAUGGUCCUGAGGCUGUAGAGCUACUGAUCAUUGCACUUCAUCGUCCUGUGAGAUUCGAUUUCUGAUCGUCCAUCGUACCGCGGUUUUCUAACUAGGAUUUUUAUUUGUGGUUUUUUGAUGGAGUUUGGGUAAUCUGUGUUUGUUUUUGUACAUUCCUCUUUGUUAUGGCCCAUUUCACCUUGUGACAGAAGAUAAUGGGCUUAUAUUGGUAAUAAACCACUGACAGUAGCACUGACACGUUUGUUAUUUACUGUUGGUUUAAUGCAUCUGGAACCAGAAUCUCCUUUUUGAUACCAACUUCACCUCCCCACCCCCCCGGAAAAAGAUGAAUAAUAAAGAAUGUGGGCAGUUUGAGGAAAUUGUGUUUUUUUGUAAUGAAAAAAGAGGAAAUAAAGAAAAUCAAGGUGAA